AUUCAGCCGCUUUUCCCCUUCAUCAACUCUGCUCUCGGGUUUGGACCAAUGUCACAGGUGCAUAUCCCGAAGAUGAAAGUUAUGCUUAGACGCGCGAGGUCGAUCUUGGUCGCUGUCAUCCCAUGCUCGUUGCCCUUGUAUUACUCGACCACUUGCUCCUGGUGUUUCGCCACCCCUUGCGACCCUUCAGCCCACGAUCCUCAAUUUCAGCCUGUCCAACUCUGUCGCGCUUCCCGCACAUCCCGCACGGCCCCCCACACACUCAGACGUGCCUCCAUUGAUGCACCCGCGCUCGACGUUCGGAAAUAGCGGGACGCACGCGGUGGACGCGCCCGCUCACCCCGUGACCUCGCCCUAUAAAGCCUCCCUUCGGGCGCGUCCUAAUUUUGCGUUCUUUCCCCACCACCUCUCUAUCAACGAACACCUUCGACCUCGUAUACGAUGCUCUUCACGACCCUGAUCCCCCUGUCCCUCGCCGCGCUCGCCGCCGCUACCGGCGGGCCCGCCAUCGAGAAGCCUGCCGCGAACAGCGUGAUCCAGCCGGGCGAGGAGUUCGACUUCCACUAUUACAGCAUGGCGGACUACCUGCGCACAGGGUACAACACCAGCAUCUUCCUCUUCACGAGCGAGAUAGGCGCGCUGGCCAGCGGCGGACAGAACGAGUCGGUGACGACGGGACACUUCUUUGGCAGGUGGUCGACGGGGUCUGUGCCGAACAACAACCACCCAGUUGAGGCACUCCCUGAGAAGCUCACCAUGCCCGACUUCUCGGUGAACCCGGGGGGAUUCGGCAUAGGGAAGACCGCAUCUGACGCGCCCAUGUUCCUCGCUGUCUUUGAGGAGUGGGCAGAGCAAUCGGGAUCUGUCGGCCACAAGAUCGCCUACGUAUCGACUCCCAUUAUUUACAAUGGCACCAAGUCAAGCUAAUCGCAUCUUACCGUUGGAAUAUGGAGCCUACUGGCGUUAAUCGUUCAUGAAAAACAGCGCUAGCCAACCAGGACAUGUUUUGUGUCGUACAUUAUUUUGACUUAUAUCUUGCUGAUUGUGAACGACUGCCGUUGCCGUUGUGCUCGUAAUGACCUCUCUAUUCUUGAUGCACUGCAUCUUACAGACUCUGCAAUGAUGAAGCCAGUCAGCAGCCAGUGCCUCAGCC